AUGGUCUUGCUUCAAGAAACAAAACGCUCAAGCAUUGAUGCCAAUGAUGUUAGAUCUCUGUGGCCUUUUGAUUCGGUGGAGUUCAUGGCUGUAAACGCGAUUGGCACUGCUAGAGGUCUUCUAUGCAUCUGGAACCCGGAGGUCUUCUCCUUAAAAGGAUGUUGCUGCUCUACAAGUUUUAUCCUGUUAGGAGGUACUAUGCAUUCUAAUCUUAAUUGUGUUGUUGGUAACAUUUAUGCACCUAACGAAGAUGAGAAUAGGAGGAAGUUGUGGAACACUUUAGUCAAUUUAAAGUCUGCCUUCUCAGAUCCAUGGUGUCUAGGGAGGCAUUUCAAUGAAGUUAAAAAUAUUAGUGAAAGAAAAAGGUGUAUUAAGAGGGACAGAGGUAUGGGAGAUUUCAGUAAUUUUAUUAGUUCCCUUGAACUGGUUGACAUCCCCAUGUUGGGUAGGAGGUAUACUUGGGGAAAUUGUCAAAUUUGGAGUAGGAUUGAUCGGUUUCUAGUUAAUCUUGAGUGGAUGGAGUGGUACAAAUAUAAAGUUUGGGGGCUAUCUAGACUAUUCUCUGAUCAUAGCCCUAUUUUGUUGAUGGAGGACGAUAGGGAUUGGGGGCCGAAACCCUUUAAGUUUAUAAAUGCUUGGGUCUUACACCCUAAUUUUCUUGAGGAAGUGAGAAGAGUUUGGGAUUCAACAAUGGUUCAAGGUUGGCAGGCUACGUAA